UCAAAUAGCAGCAUUUUUUUUAUUAUAUAUUCAUAUAUAUUUUGCACAUAUUUCGGAUACAAUAAGGAAUUAAAUGUAUCUGACAGGACACGUAAUUAAAACAAAGGCAGCCCUCAGUCCAGAAGCAGGACAAACAAAACAAAAAAACAAAAAGGAGGGAAGGAAUUUGAUGCUAUUUAAAGAAUAAUAAGAUACCGUGAAUAAAAUGUGACGAUAGCUCCUUUUAAAAUAAUGUGGCAUUUUGACAUCUUUUAAAGGAAUACAGUUCAGUAAAUAACAUAGAUGACUGUGCAAUCUGAAUUUGAGACUUGAAUUUACAGAUGUUACCAAAACAUAACAAAGGGGAGAAUUUGCACUAAUGAAUGUUUGCAAAUCAACUUCUCUGCCGGUAAACCAGAUUACUGUAAUCUUGUUAAUGCGGACAGGUCUCUCCUCACAUUGUAACCACUGUAAACAAGAGGGGGAGACACAAAAACAUGUGCACUAUGCUAAUAAUCUGAAUCACAUCUCUUGCGUAACUAACCAUAUUAUUCUCCUAAAGGUCAAAGGGGCUUUAUCAUAUGUAACGUUUGAUUAAUAAUCCACUGCGUGUAGACUAUUACUCAUAGUCCUUGUACAGUAACAUCAUCCUAAUCAACUGUCCCUGUUCCACUUGUCUGAACCCUUCAGCUUCUCCUGCUUGCUCAGUAGUAAUGUAAUGGCAUUAGGACAAUCCUCUGAGCUAUGGUUAUUUUAGGACUGAUCUGAUAAAAUGAAAUUGACAAACACGCAGAGAAUAGGUGGUAGAGGCGUUCUUUAUGUGCAAGUUGAAAGUUUGUGCACUUCAAACCUUUGUAAACAUAAGUCCGGUCUCUGUUGGGGCAAAGCAGCAGCCUCGACAGCAUGUCCAAACCAGACAAUGUUGUGUUUGUGUAAGGCUGAGAGACAAUCAGGCGGGGGAUGAAGGAGAGGCACGGAGCCAAGGUGCAGCAUGAGGAAACAGUAUCAGCUUGGCUCAGGCUGGCAUGCCCCCACUUUACAAGCCCGGGCUGGAGGGCAUGAGAGGAGAGGGCGGUUAGAGUUUCAUGCACAGCUCUGUACACAACUUAUUGUCCUCGCUGCUGCUGCUGCACAUCUGCCGGAAAUGAAGUCAGGUGCCGCCUCACCUGUCUCCACACGCAUAAGGCACAGCAUUCACCUCGUCCCCCAGGCCACCUCAUCAAACACGUUUAUUGCAUUAAACAUUUUCCCACACACCAGAACCUGGAGAGCGGCACUGCGUGCACGCUUGUGUGAUGAUGUCAAUGCCAGCAUCGCCAUGUUUUCAGCGGGCUCUGUCUAAACAGGCUGCUCUGUAAAGGUAGAUGAGCUGAUAGGAGGCUCGCUCGGUGUGAAACUGCGUGCCCGGCUGCCGUUGCGUAACCAACGCGCCAGGCUGUUGGUUGGUAGCAGUCGAGUUUAUCCGCUUGCGAGGAGGGGGUAAAAAAAAAUGAGAGGGAGGACGGGAUGUGGCGAGAGAUGGAGCGAUCGGAGGGGGCGCACAUCUCCUCACUCGCUCGUGGCUAGAGAGCUGGCAGCGGUACAAAGCUGCUGCUGAACGCAACCUGUGUGGAUAAAGGAUCCUGGUUCACCUCCUUGUUUCCUGCGGCUGAGAGAAGCGGUGAAGGUGGACUACGCUUUUCCUUCGCCUCGGUGUUCCCUAGCCCUUACGCCCUGUCGCAGCGGACAUCGCCGUCGCAGAGGAGCGGCACUGACCCUCUCCCCAGAAACCCAGGAUGGUGACAAACUGAGACUUCUAACGGGACCACUCACCACUGAGAGGCAGACCAUGGCUCCCAUCCUGUUCCUGGCCUUCCUCCUUUCCUUCCUUCGUUUUUCAGACACUCAGACCAUCAUAGGCUCCUCCUCUUCCUUCUCUCUUCCGGACCCGCCUAGUAACUCCUCCCCUUCACCAACUAAGCAGACUGCUCAGUUCUGGCCCUCUUUGCCUCCCAAAGGGCGCACUGAUGUGCCCAUCAGAAUCGCAGUCCGGGAUAGGUCAACGACGACCAACGCAGUGGAGCUGGGACAGAGAGUAACACAUCCAGCCACACAGUUCAGUCCCGCUGUUAUAUCUUCCCCUUCUACGCAAAACCUCAGCAGUGGGCCAAUUGUAGCUCGAACAACUUCCUCCAGGCCCAGGACUGAUACAGCUAGCUUAGCAUUAAGCAGGGCUUUCACAAGGGGAGAUGUUCCUACGAAAGGCUCAAUCCCACCUCGGCCGACUUUGUCUUCAGCUGCUGUUGCUGAACCUGCGGGACAUAAGCCAGUGACAGGAGGCAAUCCAGAGGAGGGCUCGGUCAAAGAGACAGAGGAAGGGGACUCACAAGGGUUGGGGUCGGGUAUUACUCCAAUGGAGGUGUUUGUGAAGGAGGAACCCAUUGCUCUUCCAACGGUUGGUGAUGACAUGGCACAGCAUCAGCCACAGGCGCAGACUGUAGGAUCUAAAGUUUCCGCUGCAAGAACUCCAUCAGUGGACAUUCAGACUGUGAAGCCUCGCCUGCUCAUGCUGACGACGAGCAGUACCACCAGUACGAUCGCUACAACACUCAGGGAUGAGACAAGAGCCACGCCCUCUCCUGUGGUAACGCAGAGAACAGACCAGACGGAAGAAUUAACAGAUGAACUGGCAACAACUGACACCUCCACGGACAGAGUUGGUCCAAAGCGGGGCUCUGCUGCUGUGACGUUACCCCAGUCCACAUCUGAUGCCACUGGCUCUACUGAGAAGCACACAGAGAUGGCAGGACAGCCAGUUACUGCUAAUAUCCAGAAGAGUUCACACACAAACACCACAACACUGCAAGUGACAAACACAUCUGCAAGUGAUGUGGUCACCACCACUAGACGGGAGGCCAUGAGAGCGUCCUCCACAACGGCCGCCCAGCUCAGCAAAACAGCACAACUGGGAAGACAGUCAACAAGCACAACUGUGCAGUCAUCAAGAACGGGUUCUUCUCUCUUUCUUGCCACCAGCGUUGUGCCUGCCACCCGGACAAGGUUUGGCCCCACAUAUCAGACUGGUAUUGUUCAGAGGAACCACUCUCGUCUCCAGAUAAAUCCCAAACAAUCUCCCCACUCCACAUAUAACCCAGUCCCCUCUCCCAGUCCCCAUCCUUCCACUAACAGCACACUCCUUUACUGGGGUGAUCUGAGCCGUACACUGGCUAUCGCCUGGGAACUGCAUGUCUACGGUUCAGCAAGCCUCUUCCUCCUCCUGUUUGCUGGAGCUGCCCUUGGCCUCACUCUCUCACCUGGCGCAAACUGUCCUCAUCGGGGUGCUCUUGCACUUGCCAAUGCUCUGUUGUUUCUGGCCGGAGGCCUUAGAGCAGCCCUGUUCCUCAUCGACCCCUAUGGCACACGAAAAUUCCUCCCUCGAUCGGCAGUUUCAGCCCUCUACAACUUGCCUCUGCACCUUCUGGUGUGGACCCAAGCUGCCCUGGCACUGCUGGCAUUGAGGGUGGCAGGAGUAAGUGUGUUACCUCCAACCAUGGAGCGUCCUCCUCUGGUGGCCGUGUUAGCUGUGUUGCAGUGUACCCUGCUGCUGGCCACUGAUCUGCUGUCCCCAGCCCUGUCUCCUGUGGUGCCCGUCACCCUACAGGUCCUGUCCCUUUGCUGGGGCCUCGCUCUCUGUUUGGGCUUUCUCUUUUAUGUCUUCCCACGUAUACGCUGCCCCCACCCAGGGUUACCUGAAGAGACCAGAAGGAAGGCUUGGACAGGGAGCAGUAGAACGGGUGUGAUUCUGGGGAGAGUGCUUGCAGUGUGUGCAGUUCUGGGUGCGCUGUGUUGUGGGUUGCAUGUCCAUGCUACCUUGUGGCUCUAUGGACUGCUGGGAGACUGGACGCGCUUCAACUGGGGAUGGUGGCUGGUGCAUUUCUGGGCCCGGCUCCUCGAGUUGGCCUGGGGCUUCUCCCUCUUACUCCUGGGAUCCUGGGUGUUCUGGAGGCCUCAAGGUUGCCGGGGAAGGGAGGAAGGUGGACAGAAUGGCAGAUCAGCAGGAGACCUGCCAUCACCUGGACCUUCUGUAGGUUCUUCUCAAAGACACACCUGCUGGUCCAAGAUAGUCCAGAGCUUAAGAGGGAAGCCCUGUAAAAAAUCUGACAGCAAUGGUGUGGGAGGAGGAGGAGCUGGGGAGGUGCCUAACAACUGGGCUGGUCAGGAGCGUCCUGGGGCUGACAUCAGCAAGAGUCUGAUUAGGAACCAGAACCACGAACAGACCAUUGCUCAGCCACGCUGCAUCAAGGACAGCAACCGGGGCCGCAACCAUAGGGGCCACUCUGCCGAACGAGGCAUAUCCGACGGCUCGACCGGCUCCUUGCUGAGGCUGCAGGCGUUUGGACGCCCUCCACAGCGUUCAGUGAGCGGCAGUCUCGAUCAUGAUAGGGAUACUUCCCUGUCUCUCUGCGAGUUUGAUCUACGGCCCCCCUCGCCCAUCGAUCUGACACGAAGCAUCGACGCGGCAUUGAACAGAGAACACCUGCUUGGAGGAGGAAGCCUGUUUCAUCCUUUCAACCAACCCUCACAAACCCCUUCCCCGGGAUCAGAUGUCAGCCAGGGCCCCUGGCUCCGCAGGAACAGUGAUCCUCAGUUGCUUUCUGAGAGCAGCGAUGCCCAAACCGAGUCUUCCAUGCCUCUCGGGGGCAGUGUUCUCAGCAGCGUGCCCAGCAGGCAAGUGACUGCUCCCCCAACACCGUCCCAUCAGGGUCACAGGUGGGCUGGGAAUGGGGUAGGAAGCGUCCCCUCGUCAGUGUCCUGCCCUGUGUCACUUCGCCCCUCCAGAACAUCAACAGGGCACCUGGGGGAGGACGGAGUGGACGACACACGGCCGUUUAUAACCCCGGACUCUGAGAGGGCACGAGGGAGAGCUGGGAGGCCGGCCGGGUCACGCAGCUACUUGGAAGUCAGUCGACAUGACGACUCUGCCAGUGUCAGCAGUGAAAUCAUUGACCUAUGAAAAAGACCUUGGACAUGAGGACUAAUGACUGCACAUAAUCCAUUAAACAAACUGUUUUUAAGCGAGACCUAAGAAAAUAUCAGGAUAAUUCAUUCAUUGAACUGCCUAAAAUGUAUCAUUUUGAGAGGUGGGAAAAUAUGAAUAAGAUGUGAAGACAAACUUAAACAGUAUGUCUCUUAUCUUAAUAAUAAAAGGUCUGACUACUGCGCAGAACAGAGAUGGUAAAGAAAAUGUUUCAGUGGAAGCAAAACUGGGAGAUAAAGCACAUGUGAGCAACACAGCACAUUCUUUUCAAGUCUUUCUCACACACACGAGAAAGUUCUUGUUCUUGUCUGUACGACACUGGGAUAACUUCAAGUACACUGGGACCACACAUACAUUUCCACAGUGGCUCAUUAGGAGGCCCAUGCUUGUGAUUGGCUUCAGAGUAAUGAAAAAGAAAUGGGUUUAUAUCGUCAGUUCUUUGUCUUGGAACAAAUUUCGUAACACUAGGUUUAAAGGGUAAAAUGCAACAAUGGCUCCAAGUGUCUGUCGUUCCCAUUUCUUCUGUAACAAUGUUGGAAAAAAAAAAAAGUCGCUUCCAUAGCGUUUGUUCACUGAUUUCCAUAUUUCUCUUUGCGUUGUGAUGUAAAGAUGUGCCAUACAUAAUCAUGAUUGGUUUCUGUGCUAUUUUUAAGGCUUCUGUAACCUCAUUAUUUAGGUUAACUCCCUGUAGUCUUAGCAUCAGCAUCAUAGUGACUCAGCUGCAGAUAAGCUCUUAACUUGCUGCUGCUGUGGUACUCAUCCUGUUCGCCGUGUAUGUUAAAACUGGUGACAUAAAGAGGCAGCCAGAGACACAGUUGAGAUGAGGAUGCAUGCUUACAUAUGAAACCGCUGCUGAGGCAUUUAGCAUUUAAAGAAACUAGGAGAAGUCGAACUGAAAUACACUUUUGAGGUUGAUACAUUUCAUUGUUAAUUUACAGCAGGACCAAGCUUUUGCAACCAAUAAUAACGCAUAACCUGAAUGCAUCUUUGCAGUCUGAGUAAGAAUAAUAAAUAUACUUGUAAUCCUAUCAGUUGCAUUGAAUCAAACGGUUCCAUAUCUAAUUAAAUGUUGCACAGCUUUGCAGGGCUGCAACAUGCAAGUCUGGCUUGGCAUGAACCCCAGAACUCUUAUACUAGACCUAACUCAGUAACAGAGCACUUAACUGUAAGCCUGAGCACUAGACUGAAGUAUUUUAUUACUUAAGAGGAAAAUAUCUUUCAAAUAUGUGAUGUAUAAGCAACAAUGUAAAUACUGUUAUUUUUGAUGUUCAUGAAUAAAGACGUAUUGAAACAUAGUCAUAGCUGUUACUGUGAAAGACAAUCUUAAGUGGUAUUGCUUACGUGUCUGAGCUGUGCAGACAGUUGAUGCUAUUUUGACGUCAGAUUGUGUCCUGUUUAGGACAUGCAGAGCUGUGACAGUUGAUACCUGACCGCAGAAGAGUAUGUCAAGGACUUUCUGGGCUGUGCUCAGGACUGUGAUAAAAUGCUGCAGGUAUUGCUAAAUGUAUAGUUUAUGGUCGAGAUCUCUUGCUUUCUGCUUCAUGAUUUUUGUCAUUAACUGACCAUAAAUGUAUUGGAAAAUGAGUCUUUUAAUUCACUUUCAACUGUUCUGAUCCUGAAAAGGCCCUGUGGCUCUGUCUAAUAUUUAUUUUUUUAAAAAGAGAGACUUGCUGUCUUAACAUUGACAUUGAUUACUGAAAUGCUAGCGCUUUCUUGGAAUGUAGUUUCAGUACCGUAAUAACAAAGUCCCAUUUCAAGGUGGAAAAAGAGAUUUGGAAUAAUACCUAGUCAUGCCUCGUUCCUGGUAAGAUCUAGUCCAUUACUUAUUUUCCAGCUGUCACCUCAGGGUGACUUGCAGUACCUCCCAGUGAUGUGAGAUGCUUGACUUGUUUAGUAUUUACAGUACAGUGGCCUUUUGUUGCUAUCCACAUUCCAAUGAGCCUGUAUGAUUUCACUGUAUCGAUACCAUUACCUGUUUUACUCCAUGGCCACCGCGGCUCCUCCAUCCCACAUACUCUCUGUUGUGGAACUUCUGUAAUAAAAGUGAAUUCUAAAAGAG